AUGCGGAAGGCAGCAGACCGUGUGGUGGCUCAAUUGGAUGGCGACGAGGAUGGCUGGUGGGCGUCGCCGUCGCAAAUCGCACCGAUUGAACGUCUCUAUCGGACAAGCGUCUCUGUCUGUGAACAUGCGGAAGGCAGCAGGACGUAUGGUGGCUUCAUCUUUUUUCUACUUCAAGUUGGUUGGUGGGUAUCGUCGCCACGAAUCGAACCGAUCGAAUGGAACGUCUCUGUCUGUGAACGCGCGGAAGGCAGCAGAGCGUGUGGUAACUUGCUUCCCCCCUUGGAUCCCCUUUUUGGAGAUAGCAUGGUUGAGCCCUCGGUCAAGCGUCUCUGUCUGUGA